UGCGCAUCUAUCACGCAUAUAUACGCAGCUCAACCGCGUUGGAGGGCACUCUUUUUGUGCUUCAGCUUGAGUCGGUGAAAAGCUGAGAGCUGUUGAGACGCGUCGCAAAAUUUCGGAGAAGCAUAUACGACGAGUUACGCAAAUUCGCCAUGCCUGGACGCCCACUUUGGCAGGUUGCUGGCAAGCGCGAAGCAAGCCAGGAAGCAGAAGCUCAACAAUGGAUCGAGAUUGUAAUCGGCGAAAGAUUUCCACCAGGAUUGAGUUACGAAGAUGCUUUGAGAGAUGGUGUCAUCUUCUGCAAGCUCAUGAACAAAUUGCAGCCUGGCUUGAUCUCCAAGAUCAAUACGUCCGGGGGCGAUUAUAAGAUGAUGGACAAUCUUAAUCAAUUCCAAAAAGCCUGUGUAAAAUAUGGUGUACCUGAUGUUGAUCUUUUCCAAGCUGUCGAUCUGAUGGAACGUAAAAAUAUCGCUCAAGUAACGAAUACUAUCUUUGCCAUUGGACGAACGACGUACAAACAUCCGGAAUGGCGCGGUCCUUGGUUGGGUCCGAAACCAGCGGAGGAAAACAAAAGGUCCUUUACAGAGGAGCAACUAAGAGCUGGCGAAGGACUUAUUGGCUUGCAAGCUGGUACUAAUAAGGGAGCUACUCAAGCAGGACAAAAUUUCGGAGCUACAAGAAAAAUACUUCUUGGAAAGUAAUUGAUAGAAGUUGCAUUUUUUAUGCUAGAAGUAUCCUGUUUAAAAAAAGAUAAUCCUUUAAAUGAAUAUACAUAUAAAGGCAUAGCAACAUAAAAUUAUAUCAUUAGAAACGAUUUAUUUAAUCGUACACUCAAUACUUUUACAAAAGAACUGUUUUACAAUUUUUUUUCUGUCACACACACACACACAUAUAUAUAUAUACACACACACACACACACACAUAUUCAGCUGGAAAAAACAUAAGUGAUAUUGAUAUACAUAUAUGUAUGUUUCAGACAUGUUAUAAUUAUUCUGUGUUUAGUACAUCUGCUUGAUGUGAAUGUAUUUAACAAAAUGUAAUAAGUAAUAUAAUAACACCUAUGUUUCGACAAUGUGUGUGAAAACUAAA